ACAUGUCGCAACACAUUGACACUGCUCAAGCACGAUGCAGACCUCAGGGUUAUGUAUCACACAAACCUGGUAGGCCGGUGUCGCAAGACAUGCCCCCAUGGUCUUUUUACUCGGACAGAUACACACCACCGCCCACGUACAUGUAUGCAUACCCACCAAUUCCACCCCAAAACCCAGAUGUAGGUGCUUACCCGUACCUACCACCGCAGUCGGUGGCAUACCGCCCUGACCCACCACAGCAAUGGUAUGGUCAACCUCCAUAUCCGUCACCAGAUAUGGUACCACCACUUCCGUAUAGGCACCGUCCAGUGGCCAUCCCGCAGUCGGCUACUCGCGCACCCCAGACUCGAGGUGUGACGCCAGAGGACCGGAAACCACGAGUGCUCCCCAAGACGCUGGAGUUUGAUGGCAAACUCGAUUGGUCUCUUUACAAGCGGAAGUUUGAGACCUAUGCAAUGUCUGUUGGUUGGACAGAAAGUCAGAAAAAAGAUAUGUUGAUUUGGGGAUUGACAGGGAAAGCUGCAGACUUCUACGUCCUUCUUAGUAAGAUGAACGAAGACUUGUCCUACAGCCACCUCAUCUCAGAAUUUAACAAGAGGUUUAAGAGGGAAGAACUUCCCGAGACCCUACAGGCCCGCUUCCAAUUGGAAUGCCAAGAAGAAGGCGAGACCCUAAGAGACUGGGCCGAUAAAAUCCUCUCCUUGGCAGCCAAGGCCUACAAGGAUUUGCCCGAGGCGUGGAUCAGGAAGAAUGCGAUCAUCAGGUUUUGCAUGGGAAGCCUGGACAAGGAAGCUGGUCAGCAUGCCUGCAUACAGCAACCUAAAACAUUUGACGAGGCAAUGGACAAGAUGGAGUGGUUCCGCUGCAUCAGCAAAUCAGCAGGUGCCAGACAUGCUCCACAAAAACUAACCAAGUCAGCACCCCCAGUUAGGGCAUAUAAAUGCGCAUCGUAUGAGUUCGGCGAAAACGACCCUGGUUCCGAGGAAGAGGAAGAAGAAGAUCUAAGGAUAAGGAAAAUGGAAGUGAGAAGGAAGCAGUCGACUCCCCAGCCUAUCCUUAAAAGAGAAAGUGGCAACAAAACACCAGAGCCUACACAGGAUGUAGGGAUAGCAGGGUUGGCUAAGCAGAUGUCACAGAUGACAGUGGCUACAUCAGCUUUGACCAAGCAGGUAGCUGCUUCUAUCUCUGAUCUUACUACAGAGAUCAAGGGAAUGUUCCGGGAGCUGGGACGACAGAGGAGCACAUCUCCGAGUCGGCGAGCCUGCUAUUUGUGUGGCGACGAGAAGCAUUUUGCAAGAGAGUGCCCAACAAAGGACCUGAAGGGAAAAGAAACCAAGGUUCUUCGUUUCGAAGAUGAGCAGCCAAAAUCUCAAGGGACGAAGACGGAGGCCGGGUUUUCGCCCCAGUAGAUUACGGCCAGGAGGACUCACCGCA